AUGACUCGUACUCAGUCUUUGCGGUCAGUGAUGACAUUAAUUUUGUUACAUUCAGUUCUGGGUGGACAGAUAUGCGAUUUAAAGGAUGAAGUAUGUCUCUUAAGAGGAGCAAAAAAUACUUUUAAGUCUCUCGUCGAAACUAACCAUGUCGAUCCAUUACAUGUGGACAAGAUUACCGGAAGUAUAGAUACCUUCAAGUAUGAAAUAACAAAUUCUACUCUAUCAGGAUUAAAAAACUGUGAAGUUUUAGUGGCGAAAUAUGACCUAGAAAAGAAGACAUAUGAAAUACAUUUACAGUGUCCUGCGUUAAUUUUUGAUUAUUACUAUGAAGUAGAAGGCACUUUGGGUACUACAAGUCUUAAUGGUAAAGGCCUAGCUGCAAUAAUAAUAGAUAAUUACAUUUUAAAAUUUAAAGGAAUCUACAGCAAAUCCAUUUCUGAAAAAGAUCAAAAGCCUCGCAUUACUAUUCAAAAUAAUAAUUUAGACGCUACUCUUAAAGGAAAGGUGGCAUUUGAAAGUAAAUAUUUAAUUAGUGGAAACAAAGAUAAAGUUGAAAUAGCCAUAGAAUACUUCAAUUCAAGACCUGAGGAAAGCGAAAAACUAUUUCGGACUUAUAUUCUGGAGAAGUAUGUACCAAUAUUAGAAAAAGAAGUCAACACAUACCUGUCAACUAUUACUCUAGAUGAACUGAUUUCAAGUUAUUAG